UAGUGAAAGGGAAGCGUAUGCAGAGAUUCACUUGCCUAAUUAAGGAAGAGAAAAAUCCGAGAGAUCCUCGUUGACGCAUCUUCCGUUGAUUGAUUACCCGUUGAAUUGGAAUCACCUUCUCCUUCUUCCGUUGAAUCCGUCAAAAUUCAAGUAAAAUUCGAAACCCCUGGAAGGUGGGCGUGAUGAACAGGUUGAGGAAUCUGGACGCUUACCCCAAAAUCAAUGAAGAUUUCUACAACCGUACUCUUUCCGGCGGCCUCAUCACCCUCUUCUCCUCCCUCCUCAUGCUAAUUCUCUUCUUCUCCGAGCUUCGGCUUUAUAUGCAUCCUGUUACGGAGACUCAGCUCCGUGUUGAUACGUCAAGAGGAGAGAAGCUACGUAUCAAUUUUGAUGUUACGUUCCCUGCGCUUCAAUGCUCGAUCAUUAGUAUUGAUACAAUGGAUAUUAGCGGAGAGCGGCACCUUGAUGUGCGACAUGAUAUUAUUAAAAGAAGAUUAGACUCUCAUGGCAAUGUCAUUGAGUCCAAACAAGAUGGAAUUGGUCAUACUAAGAUUGAGAAACCUUUACAGAAACAUGGUGGAAGGUUGGAGCACAAUGAAACGUAUUGUGGUUCCUGCUUUGGAGCCGAAACGACGGAUGAUACUUGUUGUAAUUCAUGUGAAGAAGUUCGUGAAGCUUAUCGAAAGAAAGGUUGGGCCCUCUCUGACCCUGAAUCUAUCGACCAGUGUAAAAGAGAAGGAUAUGUGCAAAAGGUGAAAGAUGAAGAAGGUGAAGGCUGUAACCUUCACGGUUUCUUGGAAGUUAAUAAAGUCGCUGGGAAUUUUCAUUUCGUUCCAGGACAAAGCUUUCAUCAAUCCGGUUUCCAAUUUGGUGAUCUUAUAUUUUUCCAGCAAGGGAACUACAAUAUUAGCCACAAGGUUAACAGGCUGGCCUUUGGAGACUUUUUCCCCGGUGUAGUGAACCCUCUAGAUGGGUAUAAACUUCUCUCUCUCCCAAUUCAUUAUACAGGCCUUUUAUCGUCUUAUCAUCUGAAAUAUUAUCUUGGUUCUCUCAGUGUGCAGUGGAAUCAGGAGAAACAAAAUGGCGUGUAUCAAUAUUUCGUCAAGGUGGUACCAAGCAUUUACACUGAUGUUCAUGGGCAUACCAUUCAGUCAAACCAGUUCUCUGUGACAGAACAUUUCCAGAAAAUGGAAGCAGGUCGAAUGCAAUCUCCGCCUGGUGUUUUCUUCUACUAUGAUCUUUCGCCGAUUAAGGUGAUAUUUGAGGAGCAGCAUGUGGAGUUCUUGCACUUCCUAACAAAUGUUUGUGCUAUAGUAGGAGGUAUCUUCACCGUAUCAGGAAUAGUGGAUUCGUUCAUAUACCAUGGACAAAGAGCAAUUAAGAAGAAAAUGGAGAUUGGUAAAUUCAACUGAGUUUGUUUGUUUUAUUAUAUAUAUAUUCUUCACACUUUCUUGAUCAGAGACUGGUUGACCUUGAACGGGGUUUUACAGUUAGACAUUAGGUUUGAUGAGUCUGGCAAGCAACAAUGUUUGAUUAUGAAGGGAUCUGAGAAAUUUUCACUUUACCUUUUUAAUUAUGUAUCUUUUCCUUUUUCAAUACACAAAAUCUUUUUAUACUUUCGUUUUCAACACUGUAAACAACAAACUCUUAUAUUUUCUUUUAAUUUUAA